UGGUAACAGCCUCAUAACGGUCUUUUAGCAGUCCGCAACAACAGAAGCUCUCUAACAGUUAAACGCGCAAAAUGAAGUUAAAAACAGAAUCAUUCUUUCACCAUUUGAAUUUUAACACCGAUUAUUGCAUUUUUUCACUACAUAACACUAAAAUAAUCUAUGAUUAUUUCUGCUUGUUGGACGUUCAUAACAAGAGAACCUUAAAUGGUAAUAUGUUCGACGUUCAGUUCUGCUGCUUUAUGAGGCACGUGACGGAUAUGGGAAUGACCUACAUAAUGCAGACAUUUGACUUGCUGGAUGCCAAUGGAGAUGGAGAAAUUGGCUUCAAUGAGUUUUACAUGCUGGUCUGCAUUCUGGUCAGCAGUAAACACCAUGUAGAACAGAACUUCCUGGACAUGCAUUCCCGCCAGGCCUUUGAGCUCCUGGACACGGACAGUAGUGGAGCCAUCAGCUUUGCAGAGUUCGAGUGCCUAGCAUACCUCUUCAACCUGAAGAGGAAUGUCCUCAAAAAAACCUUUCUGGAUUUUGACAUCAGCGGGGAUAAGCGCCUAAUUUACAAAGAAUUUCGGAUAUUUACCAAAGACUGCAUGACCAACCCCGAGAAGUACAAGAAGAAAGGCCACUUGAAGCAAAUGUAACACAUUUAAUAAUCACUGAACAGGAGGAUGAUACCACAUAUAUUUCAAAUGCAGGUUACAGUAAAUAGUGCUUUAAAAAUAAAACAUCUUCUGAAAAAUGUUAAAACAAAGAUGAAAAACAAUAGUAAGGUGGAUGAGGCAUUAAGUUAUUUACUGAGAUGAAGUAAGGGUAUGACAAUAAAAGUUUUGUUAUUGUUGCA